GGAUUUGAUGGACGAACACAAUCAGCGGUUUUUGCUGCAGAUUUGUUUUUCUUUGCUACGGUACUCAAACAUUUUACUCUAGUCUGCUGCAAUAAGAGGUUGACACAACUCAGUGAGUGAUUGGAAUAAGGAAACGCAUGUUGAAACAAUCCCUUGUAAUUCAAAAACUCAAUAGCAAGACGCCGACAUGUCUACAGUGGUUCUGUUCCUGUGAGGUUGACUCUUACACGGGUCCCGACUCUGUGUCACAACAGCCGGUUGGACAAAAAGGAGCCCCGACCAACCAGGUAACAAACAGGCCUAAGAGAGAGAGAUCUGCAUGUCAGCCAGUACUGGACUGUUUUGACAGACAGUACUGUAACGAACUUGGAAACCUAUGGACAACUGCAAGAGCGGUGCUCCUGGACCCUCACUCUUGGCAGUAUGGAGUGAUGCUCAACCGCUUCACCACCUUAACAGGCAUCAGACAUGUCCUCCAAUCACAGGGCUUCUCCAGUUUCCUGCCACAACCUGAUGCCUCCACAUUGCACUCUACCUACUCCUCAACAAUCCUUGCUUCCAAGGAGGAAAUAGAUAAAAAGUCAGUGUUUCGACCUCGCUACAUUUCCGAGUGUCCCCCUGCAUCUGAUGGCUCUCAUCUCCACCUGGACCACACCACUCAUUCACAAAGUCACCAGCCUCAGUCAGAGCCCCUGUCGCCCUCCAGUCUGUCCCGUCCUUCUCUACAAUGUUACGUCCACCCAUCUGCAUUGCGUUUCCCCUCCCCAGCCCACAGGCCAGGCCAGCUGAAGCAGUACUACCUCCUGAAUGCAGCUUCAUUGCUUCCAGUGCUGGCUUUGAAAGUAAGAGAUGGGGAAACGGUUCUGGAUCUUUGCUCUGCCCCUGGCGGGAAAGCCUUAGCCAUAAUGCAGACUGCCACCCCAGCAUUGCUCUGCUGUAACGAGCCAGAUCCUCACAGACGGGACUGGCUAGCCAAAACCCUCGAGUCUUUCAUCCCUCUCCCACUGAGCAACAGAGUGAUCAUAUCUGCACAGGAUGGACGAUCUUUUGGCCAGAGCGAGGCUGGGAUGUAUGAUAAGGUUUUAAUAGAUGCUCCGUGUUCUAAUGACAGGAGCUGGCUGUACUCUUCCGUUGCCCUGCAUGGGGAAGAAAGACUGAAGGAGAGAGCCAAGCUGCCUCUCCUCCAGGCUCAGCUGCUGAGGUCUGCACUGUCAGCAGUGCGUCCAGGGGGCGUUGUUGUCUACUCAACGUGCACACUGUCCAGCUCUGAGAACUAUGCUGUGGUUGAGGCUGUGCUAAACAGCUGCCCAGAGGCUGAACCUGAGGAUCUGUGGGAGGAGCUGGUCAUUCCCUUCUCCAACCAUUUCACAUUUAGCCCGGCUCAUCCAGAUCAAACACAGCCAGGUCACAGGCCAUCUUGGCAUUCACAGUAUGGUGCUGUGCUCUCCUGCCACAAAAAUGGUGUUCUGGUGGUUCCUCAGCCAGGCAAGACUUGGGGGCCCAUGUUUUUGUGCCGGAUUAGAAGGAGGAAAUAGUGUUGUUGUUGUUGUUGUUGUUGUUGUUGUUUUUCCUGCGCAGGAACCCUAACCCAAACUGUUGAGCAUAUACAUCACCUUUGCACCAAACUAAAAAAAAAAAAUACAUUUUUUCACAGUUUCCAACAAUCAUACCUUUAGAGCAGUGUAGCCAUCCAGAUAGUUUCCCCCGGGGGCUGUGGAUUAUGCCAGGUAUCCGUGUCAUUGUCUUUGGAAAGAGGUGCUACUUUUUUUUUUUUUUGAGUUUUGCACAUGUACAUUUUUAAUGAAUCUCACCAAGGUGCUUCCAGGAGACGGAGAAAGUUCACAGCAGGCUGGAAAAUUCACCAAAUCACAGAGUAACUAUCUGGAUGUUUUUGUAUUUUGGGCAAACUGUUUCUUUCGUAACACACAUCACACUCAUAACCAGAAAAACAUGUCUCUUGUCCCUAGAUGGCAUUUUGCGUCACAACUUCUAAAUAAAGUUUAAUUUUCAGGUUUUGAAAAAUUGGUUUUGUAUGCAAAUCAAGCUGUACUGAUACAAUUUUGAUUGCAUGUUGUAUUUCAAAUGUUCUUACCAGAACAUUCUCAAUUGAAAUGUUUCUAGUCCUUUUUUUUUUUUUUUUUUUUUUUAAAUGUCUUUUCGAUCUCCCCUCUGUAUAAAACAGACUUAACAUGCUCAA